AUGCAGAAGAUGUUUGCUCGGAGUCUGAGUUCGCUCUACCGCUCAGGCAGGUCUAUCGCCGUCAGCAAGCAGCUGCUCACUCACCCGCCACGUCAGCACUACUUCUCUUACUCCACCGGCGUUGCUGCUCGAACAACCCUCCUCAACUUCUCAUCUCCGAUGGCCAAGCACCUCUCUUCCGAUGAUUAUGGGUCCCCUCUUUCAAGGGGUUUGGGAAGUAGGAGACUUUUACAUGGUGAGAGUUGCAGCAAAGAUUAUGACGUAUAUGUACAGCAUAUGUUUGAAAAGAUUCGGGUAGAUUUCAAUGACAGUCUUGAGAAAUUUGCCUUUGAAAUGUUUGAUUCUAUGAGAGAUGAGGGGCUGGCCGACGAAGCCAAUAAGGUUUUCAAGCCUUUCCUUCAGAUAGAGAGCCGAGUGCCAGCCGUGGCGGUUAUCACUUACAUGAUUGAUGGCUUGCUCAAUACCGGCCAGACCAACAUGGCACUCAACGUUUACAGGUACAUGUUAGCCACUGGAGUCACUCCCAGCAGCUACACGUACAAUUUACUCGUCGUGGGACUUAGGGUUGCAGCUCAAUGGGACGCUAAUAUGCUUGGUGUUGCCAAGAAGUGUUUUGUGGAAAUGUUGGAUAAGGGCAGGAAGCCCAAUUUUGAUGUUUACUGGAGGGUGUUUGAAGGCAUUGCCUGUGUGGAGACGGUGGAGGAGGUCAGGGGGUUCCUUGAGUUGAUAAAGGGUUUGUGCCUGAAUGUGUUAAUUUUGAGAAAGAAAACAUGGAGGAUAUGA